GGAAUCAAACUUUACAAAGUUGUGCAGUACAAAGAGCAUGUUGACAGUAAAUGACAGUUUUCCUGGACCCGUUUUAACUGUUAAGAAAGGUGACUUGGUUUAUGUUAACGUUCAUAACCAAGGAACAUAUGGUGUCACCAUUCAUUGGCAUGGUGUGAAGCAACCAAGAAAUCCAUGGUCAGAUGGUCCUGAAAACAUAACCCAGUGCCCCAUUAAACCAGGAACCAAUUUCACUCAUGAAAUCAUAUUAUCUGACGAAGAAGGAACCUUAUGGUGGCAUGCUCAUAGUGACUGGUCACGCGCCACCGUCCAUGGUGCCUUUGUCAUUUUACCUCCGGAUGGCAAAUACCCAUAUCAAAAGCCUGACGUUGAGCAGUUAAUUGUGCUUGCAACUUGGUAUAAGGGAGAUGUGAUGGCCAUCUAUGAAGAGGCUAUUGAAACUGGUGGCAAUCCAAAUGUAUCAGAUGCCCAUACCAUUAAUGGUUACACAGGAAAUUCAACUGACUGCCCUACUGGAGAAAAUUUUCGGAUGCAAGUUUCAUCUGGAAAGACAUAUCUUCUACGGAUAGUAAAUGCAAUAAUGAACGAAGAACAGUUCUUUGGAAUUGCCAAUCACAGUCUUACACUUGUAGGAAUGGAUGGAGCUUACACAGAACCUCUCAUGGCAGAUUACUUAAUGAUAACACCAGGACAAACAAUGGAUGUUCUCUUCACUGCGAACCAAACACCAACCCAAUAUUACAUGAUUUCAACUCCAUACUUCGAUGGUUUUGCAGAGUUUGAUAACAGCAGCGCGAAAGGAAUUAUUGAGUAUACGGGAAAUUAUACUCCACCAUCACCAAUUCCUUCCCCAACACUUCCUGAAUUGCGAAAUGCAACUUCUGCCUUAAAUUUUACCGCUUCUUUGAAAAGCUUAGCGAGUCGAAACUACAACGUGCCUCAAGUUGUUGACAGACACAUUUUCAUAGCUAUCUCCUUAAAUGUCUUGCCUUGCCCAGAUGGUCAAACCUGUAAAGGUCCCCCUGUUAACAAUACCCAGACCAUUAUUUCUGCUAGCUUGAACAAUAUAAGUUUCCAAACUCCGCAAAUUGAUAUUCUUCAAGCAUAUUACAGAAAUAUCAGUGGCAUUUUCGAUCGGGACUUCCCAAAUCAGCCAAAUCUAUUCAACUUCACAGGAGAUGUGACAAAUAUAUCACAGUACACAACACAAGGGACGAAAGUCCUAACGGUAAAUUAUGGUGAUGCAGUUGAAAUUUUAUUCCAAGGAACAGCAAUUCAGUCACCAGAAAAUCAUCCAAUGCAUCUUCAUGGCUUUAGCUUCUAUUUGGUUGGAAUUAAUUCUGGUAAUUUUAAUAGUACCCAAGACCCCAAAAAUUACAAUCUUAAGAAUCCACCUUUAGUUAAUACCAUUGGUGUCCCAAAGAGCGGAUGGGCAGCCAUCAGAUUUGUUGCUGAUAAUCCUGGAGUAUGGUUUAUGCAUUGUCACUUGGAACGACACGCAACAUGGGGUAUGGACACUGUGCUUAUAGUGAAGAAUGGAACCACCAAAGAAACAAGCCUCAGACCACCUCCUGUUUACAUGCCUCCAUGUUCUGCGUCCUAAUUUGAACUAUAGAUACCUUCGUAUAUGAUAUAUAAUUUAUUAGUUAUAUGUCCUAUAGCCAAUUUGAUUGGUUAUAUUUUGGAUAUAAUAUCUCAUGUAAUAAAUAUUUUAUUAUUAAUAAUAAAAGACAUUUAUCUUUUUUU